AUGUCUCCUCCAACUUCAGGAAAAAAGGAAUCUGGUCUUGCCCGUCUAAUAGGCUCAGGAGCCUCUGGCUUGCUUGAGUUGUUUUUGUUUCACCCAGUUGAUACGGUGGCAAAACGUUUAAUGACCAACCAAACUAAAGUUUUUGUUCCUGGCACACCAAUUUCUCAAGGAUUUAAUAAUCUUGACAAAGUUAUAUUCAAGGACGCAUAUUCUUCUUCAGUAAUACGAAAAUACGCAUCUUUAUUUCCAGGAUUAGGAUACGCUGGAGGCUAUAAAGUUCUACAACGUAUAUAUAAAUAUGGAGGUCAACCGUAUGUCAGAGAUUACAUUAACACUCACCAUAAAGAUGCUUUUUAUAAAACGUUUGGCGAAAAAAGUGGAAAAACCAUAAUACAUGCCACAGCUGGGAGUCUGAUCGGAAUUGGAGAAGUAGCACUUCUCCCAUUAGACGCCUUAAAGAUUAAACGUCAAACGAAUCCAGAAAGUUUGAGGGGACGAAAUAUUUUCCGAAUUGUUUUAGAUGAGGGAUUUGGGCUUUACAGAGGGGGUCUUUGGACAGCAGCACGUAAUGCUCCCGGCAGUUUUGCACUGUUCGGCGGAUCAGCAUUUGUCAAAGAAUAUAUUUUUGGGCUCAAAGAUUACUCCAAGGCCACCUUUUUCCAAAAUUUCUGUGCGUCAACUGGUGGGGCUAUAGCUUCAAUUACAAUAGCACAACCACUUGAUAUUGUCAAAACUCGUAUUCAAAAUAGGCCGUUCGAAUCUCCUGAGGGUGGUUUGCAAAUUGUUCGUAAUAUGAUUCGAAAAGAAGGAUUUUCAGCAUUCUUUAAAGGAGUUACACCAAAAUUAAUUGUAGUUGGGCCUAAACUGGUGUUCUCGUUCACCGUUGCUCAACAACUGAUCCCGAUACUAGAUAACUUCUUCGUAGGAAGGGGAGUUAGCAAGCCUAACACCAUCUGA